GUGGUCAUGUGCAUGAAUGGGACGGUGGGGAGUGAAUCCAAGUGACUUGAUCCUCUAACCUUCCUUCGUCCCAUGCAUGCACCCCUCUCUUCUCUGAGUUGUUCUUAUCAAUUAAUUAGUUACAUUCGAUGAUGAUAUAUCUCUUCUGUCUUAUAGUUCUCUCCCACGCCAUUAAUUUCAGUAUUCAGUUGAAGCUGCAGAGAGAGGAGAGAGAGAAGAGCGAUUGGGGAAGGGAUCGAAAAAUAAUAAUAAAAAAAAAAAAAAAAGAAUGGCGGUCGACUGGGGGCCGGUGUUUGUGGCGGUGAUGCUGUUCGUGUUGCUGUCGCCGGGGCUGCUUUUUCAGCUGCCGGCGAGGGAACGCUUCGUCGAGUUCGGCAGCCUCCGCACCAGCGCCGCUUCCAUUCUCACCCAUGCCCUGAUUUACUUCGCCUUCGUCUGCGUCUUCAUGGUCGCCAUUAAAGUCCACUUGUUCUUUGGUUGACGAGUAUCGUCUUCUUCUUCUUCUUCUGCUAACAUUCCAUCUGAAUGGAAGGAAGUCGAUCGGCUUGGCUUCUACAUGCAGCCAUUAAUAUUGAAGUUGAUUAAUUGUUGUAGCAAGUUUGAUAAAUAUUUGUGUAUUAUGUGGUCUGUAUUGGCCUGCGAAAUGACAUCAAUGAAGCUUUAGGAUUAACUUAGUAACGUUAUAGUGAUUUUCUCAUCAGCUGAGUGAUCAGCUGUUGUUUUGAGACUAGCUCAUCAUUGUCUCUUCUAUGCUGCCCGAGAGAUAUCUAUCGAGGGAGGUGUCAAGAAGACAAAAUUGCCUUCAAUUUGCAAACCUUGCCAUUGGCUUAUUUGCCUCUAUCUCCUCUCUCCCCUU